GUUGAAGUCCACAAGUCUUAAAGCUGACAAGUUUGGGGACCCCUGCCCUAGAAGGUUGGUUUUUAGUCACCUUACAACUGAUAUUUUAUGGGUGUUUAUUCGUGAAUAAAUAAAACCUGGGCUGUAGGCAAGUGAAUAUAGUCGGCCAGGAUUUAGUUUUGAACCUCUAGAGCACUUUCUGUCCUGCACAGAAAACAAAAAGUCUUAAGACAUUCAGUGGCGUUGCUCAACCACUGAUAAUGCAGCUGUUUGGCCAGGCUCCCUAGAACUGGUUAACAAUGAUGGUUUUGGGGAUCCCACAAAGAUACUUUUGAGGGGGAAAACUUACGUUAUAUUUCAGAAUAUCCUGGCUGCGGAAAUGUACUCAUAAUGUUUAGUUUCCUGGGCUUCACAUUUUUAUAUUUUUUUGAGUACUAAGAUAGGGCUGCUGCUCUGGAAGUGUGGCUUUUGGACUGGCUUUGGUGAAUGGGGAACAAUGCAUCUGCUACUACAGCAAUAUCUAAUACUGCUAUAGCAAACGAAAUAAACGAUGCUAUAUCAGAUAAUUGUGUUGUGAUCUUCUCAAAAAGCACUUGUUCCUACUGCAAAAUGGCAAAGAAACUAUUUCAAGAAAUGAAUGUAAAUUAUAAAGCCAUAGAACUUGAUAGAUAUGAAAAUGGAGGUCAGUUUCAGGAUAUCCUUCAUCAAAUGACAGGCAGCCGGACAGUUCCCAGAAUAUUUAUCAAUGGAAACUUUGUUGGAGGUGCUACAGAUACUCAGCGACUUCACAGGGAGGGUAAACUCCUUCCAUUAGUACACCAAUGCCAGAUCCAGAGAGAGAGAAAUUCAGUACAUUCAUAUGGUUUUCCUUGAUUUUUUAAAUAAAACAUGAUGAUCUUUUAUUUAUAAACCCAGAUUUUACUUUACUAACCUAUCUACAAAAAUGCUUCAACAACUUUGAAUUGUUCCAAAAUAUAUUGGCUGGUAAAUAUGCAGGUUGCAACUAACCAGGAGUUCCUGGUAGGAAACUUAGCCACACAAAUAAACCUUGUCACAUUAUCAGUUUUGGAAGCUAAGUCUAAGAGCUAUGCCACCUGCACUCAAACGUAAAGCAAUACUCCCAGGAUGAUUUUGGCAUACCUAUGAGCACCUGCACAAUAAUCAGCUGCCGUCCAUGACGAUUUGCUCAUUGUUUGCUGUUUCUGCAACUCUGUACUAAACUUUAUAGCUAUAUUGUCUGUGCAUGCUGCCUUUCUCUCAAGAAAUUGGACAUUGGCAAGUUGGUAUAUCAAACAGAAAAAACUGAGACUUGGACAACACAAAAUCAGCAGAUGGAGUACUGGAAAUAAAACACUGGGAGCAGAUAAAGCAGUCAUUGGCAACGGAGCUGAACUCAGCUUAAUUCUUCUCUUGUCUUCAGUAUAUCUCCUCAUCAUUUGCUUCCUUUCACCUUGGAACUUGAACUUCUGGUUACCCCCAGCACAUGAAUCUUUGUGCAGUCAAAUACAAAGAAGACCUCUGCCUCUUUUUAAAGUUAUAUAGAAAGGGAAUGCCAACACAUUGGCAAAAAGUAGCUCUGGAGAAAGCAGAGAAUAGAGAUUGAAGAAGCCAUAUUGGAUGAGAUAUAUAGACUAGUUUUAUAUAUGCUGAAGUUCUAUUUGUACCUCUACUUCGCUUGAACCUAGAUGUAUACAACUGUAGUUUUCACUGUCAACUUUGCUAGUCUUUGUGCUUAGCAAGUAUGGUUCUGUAAAAUCCGUGUUCAUUCUAAGUAAAGGCACAUUCACUGCCCUUUUCCCAGUUUAAAUAUGUUCAAGAUAAUCUAUCCUUGCCUGAUUAAUAUUGUGGUUGAUUUAGGCAGUAUGUCAGAAUCUCCCCUUAACAACACAUAACAUGAAGGAUUUUUGGAAUUACGUAAAAAGGAUCUCAUCAGCUAUAUGUAGCAGAUGCUAGUAAAUGAUUUACAGAUGGGUGAAUAUUUUGAAAAAUGUUCUUGCCCUAAGUGACCAAUAUUUUUUGUGAGAAAAAAAAUUAUAUGUCUAGAUUGCUAGAUGACACAUUUCAUUAUCAAAGCUGCUUGAAAUGUGACCUCUUUAUGGCUUGCAAAUGGAUUGAUGUUUAUGAAAUAGUACUUUAUGGGUAUAUGACAAACGAAGAUUAUUGUAACUUAAUGUUCUUUCUCUUUGUGUAAUAUAUUUGCAUUAAACAGUACCAAAUAUUUA